GUGGGCAUUGCUCAGAGCUCAGGGGAGUUUCAAAGGGAAGGAGAAAAUUUAACAUCUUUGUGAUUUUUUUACCUCUUAUUUUCCACUAGAACUGACAGAUGAACAGAAGGAAUUCCAAGCCACUGCCCGGAAAUUUGCUCUGGAGGAGAUUAUUCCUGUUGCUGCUCAGUAUGACAAGACUGGUGAGUAUCCUGUGCCACUCAUCAAACGGGCCUGGGAGCUUGGGCUGAUGAAUUCCCACAUCCCAGAGAGCUGUGCAAAUGCCGGUGAUCAUCGCUGGGAAUGAGCAGCAGCAGAAGAAAUACUUGGGAAGGAUGACAGAGGAGCCCCUCAUGUGUCUGAGUGUGACCAGGCAGUGACAAUAAUUAGUUAAUUAAUUAGCUGAUGACAGAGGAGUCCCUGACGUGUGUGAGCGUGACCAGGGAUCCAUCAGUGCCCACAAUUCCACAGUAAUUUCGUGGCUGCCCAAACCCAGGUCGUUGAUUCCUCGGGAUGCUGGUGUUUGUUUCCUCCAGGCCUACUGUGUGACGGAGCCCGGCGCGGGCUCGGACGUGGCUGGGAUCAAGACCUGGGUGGAGCGGAAGGGAGAUGAGUAUGUCAUCAACGGGCAGAAGAUGUGGAUCACCAACGGCAGGAAGGCCAACUGGUAUUUCCUGCUCGCCCGCACUGACCCCAACCCCCGAGCCCCAGCCAGCAAAGCCUUCACGGGGUUUAUCGUGGAGGCCAACAGCCCCGGCAUCCAGAUCGGCAGGAAGGAGCUGAACAUGGGCCAGCGCUGCUCGGACACGCGCGGGAUUGUCUUCGAGGAUGUCCGAGUCCCCAAGGAGAACGUGCUGAUCGCGGAGGGCGCUGGCUUCAAGAUCGCCAUGGGCGCCUUUGACAAGACUAGGCCCUCCGUGGCAGAGGGGGCCGUGGGGCUGGCGAAACGAGCGCUUGAUGAGGCCACGAGGUACGCGCGGGAGAGGAAAACCUUCGGGAAACCCAUCGUAGAGCACCAGGCCAUGGCGUUCCUGCUGGCAGAGAUGGCCGUGAAGGUGGAGCUGGCCCGGCUGGCGUACCAGCGCGCGGCCUGGGAGGUGGACGCUGGCCCCCACAACACCUUCUACGCCUCCGUCGCCAAGGCCUUUGCCGGGGACAUUGCCAACCAGGUGGCCACCGAUGCCGUGCAGAUCUUUGGGGGGAACGGGUUCAACACGGAAUAUCCCGUGGAGAAGCUCAUGAGGGAUGCCAAAAUCUACCAGAUCUACGAGGGCACGGCGCAGAUCCAGCGGGUGAUCAUCGCCCGCGAGCACCUGGGCAGGGAUCGGUGUCUCCCUCGCCCACUCUCCUUUUGGCAGCAGAGGAAGAAAAAACCUUCCCUGGCAAACCUUCAUGAUCAAAAAGUGAACAAAAUUUGAAUUUUUUUAUUUAUUUCUGACUUCUUGUUGAUUUGUUCCCGUGAAGGCAAAAAAUCCAGCACAUCCCAGGGGUCGGAUUUGGGGGGUUUCCAUGUGUGUAACGGCACUGAUCGGCUCCCGGUGUUUACUCCUGGAGCUUGGGCAAACGGAUCAGUCUCAGGGAACCCAAAGAACUGGCUUUGCCUCCUGAGGAAGGGCCCAGCUGGCUCUGGCACAGGGAACGCAGGGCCCCAGUUCCCCAGAUCCAUAGGAAGCACUGUGGGUUUGGGGCCUUUCAUCAGCCAAUUUGAGAGGAAAACAAAAGUGAAUCCGUUUCUUGUGCCUUGAGCAGGAUGUCCUU